CUUCCGCCUCGAUUUCUGAUGACAUUUCAAAAUAUUUGAUAUUUCGUAUUUACAUUUUGCCGUAAGUUAAAAUAUUGUAAUCAAAUAUUUAAAAUCACAUCGUCAUGCGUAAAAUGGAUGGAGGGGAAACGUAGCUACUAGAUACAUGUUUAGAAAAAAAUUUGUAAUUGAUAAGUGGACAAGACAGUUGGCAUCGCGAUGUCUUUCAUAACGAAAAGGGAGCGUGUGUUCAACGAGUAUGAUCUGUUUGACCUGCCGCCGAGGAACGAGGGGAAGCUGAAGGCGUAUGCGUCCUGCACUGACGCGAGAGCGUGGUCACACUUCUGUUCGGACAAGACCGAGCACCUGGUGGAGAUCAUAAAGCGGAACAACGAGACGUGCAGGACUAAGUACGUGCCGACCAACGUGAUAGUGGACACCCUAAUGGUCGCUAAGAACGCUGAGAUCGACCGGCUGAGGCGAAGGAUCGAGGAGUUUGAGCAAAUGUUGGCCGCCUAUGACCAGCUCGAUUUGACCUGCGACCAGAAAUGUGAAAUCGCUAAUGCCCAUGCAGCUAUAAAAGCAGCCAACAAAGAACUGGACGAAAUGUGCUUGGAUUUGGAUCUAUCAGGUUUCACUGAGGUAUGCAUUUGUGUAAUAACAAUUUUUAAAAUACAAUUAUUAAUAAGUAAAAUAACUAAACCAACAUAUUUUCAGGGCAUGGAUUCCGACGCUUUUGAGACAGGAAAAUCGCGAGGAGAUGAGCCAUGCCGAUACCGAACCGAAGAGACUAUGAUGUCAAAAGGAAGUGAGAGUGCCAAGUCUCGAGGUGAUGAAUGGAAUUUUGAGAAAGAAGCGACUCCAAGAAUGGAAACCAAAUCCAAUCAAGCUGGGUUGAUUUGUAUCUGUGAUGCUAGUACACAUACUCAAGAUCCAAGAAUUCAAGAGAUGCAAGAUGUUAUUAUCAGUAAAGAUGCCAAAUUAUGCGCCAUGCAAAACACAAUAGCGGUUAUGGAGAAUGACGUCUGCGAACCAUAUUGCAUUUAUGCGCAUAUUUAUACCGCAUUAGAGAAAAUUUUUGGAGUAUUGUGUCAAAACGAUAAGUAUAAGCUGUAUUUGAGUUUAAUGACAGCAGGCAAAGAUACCCGAUGCAUUGAUAUCAAAGGCAAAAUUCUUUACAAGUUGAAGGUGCUAGAAAAGUUUAGUAUGGCUCUUAUAGCUCCUUGCUCACAAGAAAUGAGGGACUCGAAUCAAGACUGCGCCUGCCUCCGAGCUGAAGUCGUUGCGCGCCUGGACUUCGCGCCUUUAGCAGCCGACAACAAAACGCCGAGUCUCGACAACAAAAGAGCCCAACUAGUAGCCGACAUAAUGGAGCACGAUGAAAUGAAAGAGAUCUUGAGCAAAGACAGUGCUUCAGAAAAAAACGACGAAGAACGAACGGACGACGCCUGUGUAUUCGAUACCUACAGUAUAGACACAGAGAAUUUGAAGCGCUUGAAAAAUUUACAAGAAAAUUACGACGAUCUAAUGACAUGUUACGAGAAAUUGAAAUUUGAAAGAGACAGCCUGCAAUCCAAAUGCCGUAAAUAUGAAGAGUUAGAAAAGGAAUUCGAUGAUUUAAAAGACCAACUUAGAGAGUAUAAUGCUUUGUGGACAGAGAAAGAGCAUUAUCGAAAACGUUCCAUUGACAUUGAUUCCCUAAAAGAACAAUACUUGGUGUUAGCUGACGAAACAUCCAACUUAGAAACCCAACUAAAGGCUGAAUGCGAGAUAAACCAUAUGAAAUCUAUUACUAUCGAAGAAUUAAGAAGUGAAAAUAUAGCAUUAGAGAGAAAAUUAAACGAAGCUCUGAUUGCAUUUGAGAAAGAAAAAAAUGCAUUUCAAUGUAAACUAAAAGAAACUGAGUGUACGGUUAUGUGUCAAGAGCAACAAAUAAAAAGUUUGUCGGUUCAAAUUGAUAGACUAUUAGAACACAGUCACGACAAAUUACAAUCACAUGAAGACCCAUCACAGUCCUUAGCUUUGAUUGAUGAAAUAGAAUCUCUGAAAGAACAGAUUAAAAAUCUGAAGGACACACUAUUUUGUUCUGAAGAAGAAAAACAACAAUUACAUGAAGAAUAUCAAGAUAAACUCAAAUUCAUUAAUGAACUCAAAAUGGAAAUUGAAGAUUGGAAGAGUACGUAUGAGAAAACAGUUCAUCGCAAUGAUUAUUUGGAAAAAUGCGCAGACAAUUUUAGGGAAGAAAUGCAUAGACUUAUGGAAGAAAACGGGAAUUUAUCUCAAGACGUAGAAGAAAAAUCUACUGCGGUUCAAAAUCUCAUAAACAUCAUCAAUACUAAAUCACAAGAGGUUAAACAAUUAAAGGACAAUAUUGAAAAAAAAGAUGAGGAGCAACAAAUUUUAAAUAAUCAAAUCCAAAAAUUAAAAGAAAUUUAUAGCCAUAACAUGUCAGCUGUAGAAGAAGAAAAAGUUAAAGCAUUAGAGUCAUUGCAAUUAGCACGACGAGAAAGUCAAGAGCUACUUGAGAAGGUGAAAGAUUAUAGUGACGUUUUACACCGAAAUAAUGACAUGACAAAAUCUUUGGCUACUACGUCUAAAGACUACGAUGAUUUAAAAAAUGUUCUUAAAGAUACCAUAGAAGAAAAUAAAAGUCUUCAAAUGGAUCUGAUUAGUAGGGAGAAUAAUAACUCGAUAUUGUUGCAAGAAAUUCAAAGGCUUAGAGAGGUAAAUUCGUACGCAAUAAAUAAUAUUAAUAAUUUACAAGAUCAAAAAAAUGAAUAUAAAACGUCUUUUGAGCUUACGAAAAAAGAAAGCGAAGUUUUGGAAAACAAGCUUUUACAAUUUGAAUAUUUAUCACAAGAAACUGAUUCACUUAAAAUGGCCUACGAAAAUCUCACAAAAGAGAAAGAAAAAUUAGAGCAUGAAUUGCGCAGCAAAAAAUAUGAACUCGAAAAAGCACUAAAAUCUCUUCAGCUAUGUAAAACAGAAAGUGAAGAAUUGAUAGUUAAAUUAGAUCAAGCUCAAAUGUGGGAAGAUGAGUUAGCAAGAUUGAAUGAAGCACAUAAUAAAUUAAUGGAUGAAAAGCACGCACUGCAAUUAGAGCUAACUGAUAGAAGAAGAAAUUUUGAAAGUCUUUUAAAAACUGUCAAUAGUAAAAACGAACUUUUACUUCAAUCUUCGAAAAAAAUUGCUGAAUUGGAAAAUGAACUGAUUGAUCUUAAAAAAGGUUAUGAUCAGCUGUUAGUCGAGAAAAACGAUUUACAAAAUGAUUUCGAUAAUAAAACUGAGGACCUCAAUAAUUUAUACAAUACUUUGGAAAAGAAAAUUGAAGAAAAUCGAGAGUUAUUAGAACAAAUUAAAGGCUUAGAGGUGCAUCAAAAGACAACUAAAAAUAAUCUAAUUGCUUUACAAAAUGAAAACAUGCUUACUCAAAAUACUUUAAGUGCUAUUCAAAAAGAAAGUGCUGCGCUCAUUGAUAAAUUAAAACAAUAUGAAGUAUUAGAGUCAGAUUUUGACAAAAUUAAAUGUGAAAACGAGUGCCUUCAAGAUGAGUUGAGUCGUCAGAUAGCUGUUUUGGAAUUCACCAAAAAAGAAAACAAAAGUUUGAUCGACGAAAACAAACAUUUACAGACAAUAAACGAAGAUUUAGAAAAGUCUUUAAUAAAUACAAGGAAUCAACUCGUUUCUAAGCCCGGAGGUUCAGUCAUAACGCAUGAAGACAUUCUUAAGGAAUUAGAUGAAAUGAAACAAGAAAAACUCAAAAACUACAAUAAAAUAAAAAAUCUCAUAAAUAAAUUAGAUGAAUCGGACACCAAAAUAAUUAACCUAAGUGAAGAGAUUUCGAAUCGCGAUGAUAAAAUCGCCAUUUUGGAAAAUCACAUAAACCGCAUGGAAGAUGAAAUCAGAAGAUUACAAGAUAGCUUAGGCGAGGUUAUUGAUGCAGGGGAAAACAUUAGAGAUAAUAGCUUUAUCAAAAUGGAUCAGUCAAUCCAGAAUAUUGAAGCUCAUCAUUCGAAAGCGGCUCAUAAUAUGAAGAUGGAAUUAGCAAAACUGCAAAAUGAAAACUCAAAGUUAGAGCAACAAUUAUCAGUUACCAGAAUGAAAACCGAAGAAUCAUCAAGAGAUAGAAACAAGUAUUUAUCACAAGUAGUCCAUCUUCAAAAUGAGAGAGAAAUUAUUGUGACUGACAUAAAACAGCUAGAAUUGAAAAGUGUUGGUGACAGUGCACUAUCACCAGAGCAAUGUAGCGUAGAAGAUGUUUUAGUGUCAUUGGACCGCAUCAGGAAAAGCUUGGAAGCUAAAAGUUCUAAAAGUACCUCUCUGGAGCAAACUAUACUUAAAGUGCAAACUUCAUCGCAAAUUUUACUUACCAAAGCUGAUGAAGCUAAAAAGUUAGUAGAAAAAGAAAAACAGAAAAUCAUUAUGGAGAAGGAAGAUGCCAUAAGAGACAGACUAAACAUGGAAAAAAGACUAGAAGAACUACAAAAUAAAUUAGACACUCAAAUUAGCAAUGAUGCGAAGAUAAUCAAAGAUCUUGAAGCUAAUAUACUAAAUCAAAAGUUGAUGAACGAACAUACGAUAUCUAAAUUAAAAGAGGAACUUCAAGAAUCUUACAGAAAAUCUGUUGCAGCAGCUGAUUCUCUAAAAGAAAAACUUCAGAACUUAAGCGAAGAGAAAGAAAAACACGAAAAGUUGAUUGAAAAGUUAAACUCUGACUUUAAUGACAAAUGUAAAGAACUUGAAGAAUUGACGCGUCAGUUAACUGAAUUCACUAACAAACCUAUUCGUAAUUAUGGAAUUCAAGUACGCUUACCUAGUAAUCAUAGAAGUGUAGCAUCUCAGACUGACAGAAUGCAUAUUUUUGAUUAUGAAAACUCUUUUCCGAUAUUAGAGCCAGACAUUACAAGCAGUGACAAAAGCGUAAAGAAAAACAAUGGUACAGUCUCACAUGCCAAUAUAAUUCAGACUACUAAACCAGCUGAAAAUAUACCCGUAUCAAAUAUACUGCCAAGACAGCAUCCUCAUUCACUCAACGAGGUUCAAAUUUUAACCGCCAAUGUUGACCCCACAUUUGAUUUUGUUAAAAGUAGUUAUUUAAAUUAUAAAAUACAACGCCUUAGUCCUGGACGUUUAGAACAGUACUCUAUUUCGAAUGCAGAAGAGCCAGGCAGUUCCCAUACACAAAAUCAUAUUGAAAAUGACGGUUUAAAUGAUCGUCAUCUGGUUGAUAUUUACAAUCGGUCAAUACACAGUAUUUCUUCGAAAAUACUUGAAAAUGAAGAAGACCACGUUGCUACUAAACCUCAAAGUCCACAUUGCCCUGAAAAGUCAAGUGCCUUUACAGCUUAUAAUUACACAUACGAAAACAGUAUUGAAACGGAAAGUAAUAAGAAUAAUAGAUACAAAGAUUCACUAUUUAUUGAGCCUGCAUCUCAACAGUCGACAGACGCAGAUCUUUUUGUUAUUUAUAAAGAUAGUGAUAGUAAUUAUGGAGACAAAAAAAUCGGUAGAAAGCCGAUGACAACAAUGGAACAAGCAGAAAUGAUAGCUGAAUCAGUUUCUAGUCAGCAAUAUUCUAAAGAAAAUAAACGAAUGAACCAACAUAGACAAACAAAAGAGAGAAAAAUUAACUUUACUGACAACGACGUUUAUCUUGAAGAAGAAGAGAAUGAUGAAGAUGAUAGUGUAAAACCUAAACUGAACAUAAAUUUACCCAGGGUAGAAAAUGAUAGUAGAUCUAUCGUAGCAACAUCUGAAGGUGACAAGAAAUCUCUUGACUCGUAUACUUUAGGCAUUUAUCCGUCACCGAAACAAAAUUCAUUUACGGAUAUGAAACGCAUCAGAGAUUUAGAUUUCACCACAUUAAAACAGGACUCACCAUCUUUACCUACUUUAUCUAAUGAUGGAAAUCAAUACUUAGAUUCGUAUAAUUCGUUUAGAUUAAACUCUGAUGAGGAGGAUUUGACGCAGAGACUUGAUAGGAAAAAUCCAAAUUAUACUAAAAACACUUCAGAAUACAAUGAAAGUCCUCAACAACCGGAUAGAAAAAUAAAAAUUACCCAAAAUAAAAAGUUAAAAUCUAAUAAAAAUAAAACAAAUGAGGAUAAUUAUAAAGAUGAUGCAUCACAUCAUAAACUAUCCAGAGUUGGAGCCGAUGUAUAUUUAAUAAAAUCUAACAGCAAAAUUGCAGAAGCCAACGAUCAAAAUAAAAACGCUUCAAGCACUAAAAAAUCCAGAAACUUUGCUCUAGAUUACAUUUUAGAUACAGUCAAGCGUGAAGUAGAUACAGAUAAUGUAAAAUUUUUUGACGCAGUAAAAGAUCUUCGUAAAAGCAAAAGUGAUGAAAGAUUUAAUUUGGGAAAGAUAAGAGAAAAUAGCGAUUCUAUUCCAUCAAAACACAGCCCGAUUAAAGUGUCUUCGUUAGAGUAUAAAACAAUAUCAAGUCCAAGUAGAAGUUUUGGAAGAAUAAGUGACAAAACACAUUCUGUUGUUGAGCGCAGUGUUAUGGCUAAGAUAGACGAUUUGACAGACUAUGAGGCUAAAAUUCAACAUUUAACUAAAACUUUGGAAAAUACAGAAAAAGAUUAUAAAAAAAGACUGGAUGCAAUAAAAGUACAAUACGAUAGCAAUAUUAAAAAUAUACUUAAUGAACAUAACCAAGGAGUUAGAAAUAUACAGGGGCUCCAUGAAGAAACACUUCAAGACAUUAUUAAAAUUCACGAAAAUGAGAUCGAAAAUUUACGAACAAUGAGCAUAGAAGCAAACCGAAAAGCAGAAAAGCUUGAAAAGGAGAAUCGCUCCUUAAAAACUAAAAUUCAAGAUCAUUCAUCAACAACAGGCUUGGAUGAGGAGCCUACCAAGAUUGCGCCUGACGCUAAGAAACGCCGAAGAUCUCGUAUCGAUACUAGAACUCUAACAAAAACGAACGUGGAAGCGUUUAACGUUAGACCCAAGAUACGUGCGCAUGGGCCGUGCACUUGCUCCCUGGAUGUCAAUGUGUCUGACACCAUCCGGAAUAUUUUCGAGCAAGUCGAUAUCGACCAACGAAAAAUGGCCGAACAUACCUACGUCAAGUAUAUUGCGAACAAAAUACUUAACGGCAAUGUCGAGGCGCUAGACGCACAAGAACUUUCAUUUCUACAUCUCAAAGUGUGUCGGACGUGGAAAACUAAACUGACCAAAGAAGAGGCUCUUCAAAAACGAAUAGACUCAUUAGAGAGUGAGCUGCUAAACAAACAACGUCACGCACAGCAACAUAUAGCGGACCUAGACCGAAAAGUGGCAGAAGAGAGGCGGCGUUUGCAAGAGGUGCGAGAGGCUGUGUGUACCGGCGCGCCGGUGUCGCGCGCG